CUGACUCGGACCAACAGCACUUUCACCCUCUCUCAUGGGCAGGAUGAUUCUGUACCUGAGUACUCUCACCCUCCUCUUCCUCCUGUCUCCUGGACUCUCCUACCCACUGAUUAAGGGAAAGUCCAAUCACACCGGCUCCAACUUGUUUCCUGUGACUCCUCCCAGUCUCAAUGUGACAGGUCUCGCUGAUGCCUGCACUGGUGAAGGAUUUGAUGCUGUCACAUUAGAUGAUCAGGGGGCUAUGCAUUACUUUAGAGGUGAUUUUGUGUGGGUGGGAUCCCAUGGCCCCGCCCAGCUUAUUAACGAGACCUGGAAACAUCUCCAUGGACCAAUAGAUGCUGCAUUCAGGAACCACAACAAGAACAAACCCCUGGAGCAUCAGAGAACAUACAUCUUUCAGGGUUCCAGUGUGUUCUGUUACUUUGAGGGGUCCCUGCUGGAGGGUUACCCACGUCCCAUCAGCCAAGAAUUCCCAGGGAUCCCAGAGCAUCUGGACUCAGCAGUGGAAUGUCACGAGGGGGAGUGCAAGUCCGACAGCAUCAUUUUCUUUAAGGAUGGUACAGUGUAUAUUUACAGCACCCAGGAGGUGCCCGCAGUGAAGCAACGUCAGUGGGCAGCUCUGGGAAAUUGCACAGCGGCACUUCGAUGGCUGGAGAGAUAUUACUGCUUCAAUGGAAUCAACUUUACUCGAUUUGACCCAGUGAGUGGAGAGGUGCUCUCUGCCCGGCCGCUGGACGCACGAGACUAUUUUGUGACGUGCCCUGGGAGAGGCCAUGGGCACAAUGUCCGCAAGAAUGCCACUCUGAUGGCCAUUAAGGAUCAAUGCAGUGGCCAAUCAUUUGAGGCAUUCAGCUCUGAUGAUAAGGGCCGGAUGUAUGCUUUCAGAGGGGGCUUGUACUUUCGGGUGGACAGCAGUAAGGAUGGUUGGCAUGCUUGGCCUCUCAGCCACACGUGGAGGAACCUACAUGGAGUUGUGGAUGCCGCAUUCAGCUGGGAAAACAAGAUGUACUUUAUUCAGGGCUCUCAAGUCAUUAUUUAUUUGUCGGAUCAAAUCUUUAUCCCAGUACUGGGUUAUCCCAAGCCCCUGAAAGAAGAACUGGGGGUAACGGAGAUUGAUGCGGCCUUUACCUGUCCCCACUCUAGUGACCUGUACAUUAUCAGAGGUAAUAAGCUGCAGUUGGUGGAUCUCCAGAAGACCCCCCGUUCACCCGGACUAGAGAAACAAAUCUCCCACGCUCAGGUGGACAGCGCUAUUUGCAAUGUGAAUGGACUUUUCAUCUUCCAAGGGCCAUUAUUUUACCAUUACAACAAUGUGGAAGGGUUGGUGUCUUCUACUGAGCUUCCUAAACCUGGAAAUAUCACAAAACAUUUCAUGGACUGUUUGAGCUAAUUUGUCUCUCUAGCAACAGACCCAUUUGGCACUGCUUUGUACCCAUAUGUUAAAUAUGUCUUUCUCUAUCUCUUCUCACUCAUUACACCCUGGGUAUAAGCCUUUACUUACCCUCUCCAUGUUACACGCACAUACAUUUGUGUUGUUAUAUCCCAAACUGCCUCUUCCUGAUCACAGAGCGACCCAAUAAAAUGAAGCAAGUGUUUCACAAACUAA